UCGAUCGAUCGAUGGGAUCUUUGUUCUCUUCCCCUGCCACAGCCGCCGGCGGCGAGUAUGAUUACAGCCGCCCUCUCCCGGAAACACAUCGCCCGGCCUAUGUCAAAAGAGGCGCUGGCUGCCAUUCAACGAUACGUCGAUGAUAGAUCCAGCAGUGGUCUUCCCCGCUACACACGAGAAGAGAUCGUCGCCAGCCGUAUUCGUACGCUUGUACACCGUGCAAUCAAACAUUACAACUCCAACAACAACAAGGGCGCCGAGUUUGAGUAUCCUGACCAGUCGACCACAGAGAUGAAGGCUGCCUGCGUUGGUUUCAGGGGAACUUUCUGGUACCACCUCGCCUUCUCAGCUCGCCGCCUGAGGGAUGCCACCGAGAGGCAUCAGUUCUUUGCUGAGCUAUAUUUUGACAGACACUCCCACCAACUAGCCGUUGAAACAUGCAUCAUCUUAGAAAAGCCGUUGUGCCAAUUUAGCAGCAGGUGUGCAUUUUGCCCAGCCGAAUCCAAUAUUUUGCACCCAAGCAACGCAGAAUUUGUGUGUGGCAAGGAAGGGCACCAAAAAGAAUUCUUCCAUGUGAGAGAUAUGCUAGUGCGGCCAUUCAAUAGUUGUGCGGAGCUCUUAUAUAGAUCAGACAUUCAAUGGUUAGAUCCGACAAAGACUGCGCUUGUACGGCGUUUCCUUUUUAAAGACGUUGCUUUUGAAGAACUUUUCUUGUAGUUCGUGUGUUGUCAAGGACGGUGGACGGUAUUGUUGCUUUGUUUGCUGCUGUGAUCGGCCGCAUCGACUUUCUUAAUUUCCGCGUCCUAGUGCCUUGCUAGGUCUUUGAAUUUAUGUUGUUGCAUAGGCGGGAUAUAACUGAUAUAAUCUUGGUACCUAAGCGAUGCAUAAUUUGGACGUGAAAAAGCAAGAUCACAAAAGGAAUUUUGCCGCAAGAGAGAUAUGCUAGUGAGGCCUCCUUCUGUGACAACUCCUGAUAUACUAGAUAGCACCGACGAUCCAUGCAUGACUUCUUAUGUCAUGGCCUAUGUACUGCGGCUGUAAGAUAACUAUGAUUUUCUUCUUUUUCAACUUUCUUUAUUACUAGAAAAAUAAAAACUAGUACUCUGAAAUUUAAUGUUUACAAGAACAUGCAAUAACUA